AUGAAGCCUCUCCUCAUCGUGUCUGUCCUUCUGUUCUUCUGGAACGCAGCCCUGGCAGGUUUGAACCCAGUAUCAUCAGAACUGCACAAGAAAUGCUCUGAGAAUGGUCUCUGCCGACUUGAGUGCUAUGGGAGUGAAAUGCUAGUGGCCUACUGUAUGUUUCAGCUGGAAUGCUGUGUCAGAGGAAACCCUGAGCCCUGA